AUGUUGUCCCACAUCGACGAGCGCGAGAACCUGGCUCACAUGGGGCGCGGCGAGCUGUACUACGCUUUUACACCAGAACUCGUCGCUGCCAGAAAGCGAUGCGCCCGUGCCGUCAACCGGCUGAACAAUUCUGGGGAAUUGAGCAGGCGAGAAAUCGCUGAGUUCUGGAAAGAAAUCACCAACGACCCUCGAGACCUCCCACCGCCGGCCGCCACCGAAGACGAAGAGGACGCAGUGCUGCAUGAAUAUCCCUGGAUCGAGCGACCCAUCAACAUCGACUACGGGACGAACGUCAAAGUCGGAAGUAACGUCUUUAUCAACUUCAACUGCACAAUCCUGGAUACAUGCACUGUAUCCAUCGGAUCACGGACACUCAUCGGACCGAACGUUUCCCUGUUCAGCGGCACGCAUCCAGUAGAUCCAGACCUCCGCAAUGGAACAUAUGGGCCAGAGAUGGGUGGUCGUGUUACAAUCGGCCAGGACUGCUGGAUUGCUGGUAAUGCCAUCAUCCUGCCCGGAGUUACGGUUGGCGAUGGCUGUACUAUCGGGGCGGGGAGUGUUGUCACCAAGGACGUCCCGCCUUACCACGUUGCCGCCGGAAACCCCGCCAGAAUCCUGCGCAAGAUUGAACGGUCUGGAAGUAGGAUUAACGGGACAAAUGGUUCCGAUCAGGGGUCAAUUAAAACCACGCCGAGAGUUAGUGGUGGCGGUGGGAAAUAA